AUGAGACUCACCUCAACAGUCCCAGGGCAAGAGAUGAGGCUAGCCUUGACAAUGAUGUCUUACAGUCCCAGGGCAAGAGAUGAGGCUCACCUCAACAGUCCCAGGGCAAGAGAUGAGACUCACCUCAACAGUCCCAGGGCAAGAGAUGAGGCUAGCCUCGACAGUGCUGCCCCUACAGUCUCAGGGCAAGAGAUGAGACUCACCUCAACAGUCCCAGGGCAAGAUAUCAGGCUAGCCUCGACAGUCCCAGGGCAAGAGAUGAGGCUAGCCUCAACAGUCCCAGGGCAAGAGAUGAGACUCACCUCAACAGUCCCAGGGCAAGAGAUGAGGCUAGCCUCGACAGUCCCAGGGCAAGAGAUGAGGCUAGCCUCGACAGUCCGCGGGCAAGAGAUGAGGCUAGCCUUGACAGUGAUGUCUUACAGUCCCAGGGCAAGAGAUGAGGCUCACCUCAACAGUCCCAGGGCAAGAGAUGAGGCUAGCCUCAACAGUCCCAGGGCAAGAGAUGAGGCUAGCCUCGACAGUCCCAGGGCAAGAGAUGAGGCUAGCCUCGACAGUCCGCGGGCAAGAGAUGAGGCUAGCCUUGACAGUGAUGUCUUACAGUCCCAGGGCAAGAGAUGAGAACCACCUCAACAGUCCCAGAGCAAGAGAUGAGGCUAGCCUUGACAAUGAUGUCUUACAGUCCCAGGGCAAGAGAGGAGGCUAGCCUGGACAGUGCUGCCCUAUAGUACCAGGGCAAGAGAUGAGGAUAGCCUCACAUGUGUGAAUCUCUACAUUGAACAAGAAAACAUUAUACAGUGUAUUGUUAGGAGUGAUUAGCAUGACAUUGUGUAUGAAGGCUUAGAUCACAAACACCUGCUCAUGUUCAUUAAUCAGGUUUCUGUCAUUUUCACACAUGAUCUACCAAAAGAAGUUAUAUCAUUUCACAUAAUUGCUAAGGAAAUGUACAUAUGAAAGUCUACUUUGCCAAGGCAAUGUUCAUAUAAUAGUCAAAAUAGAUGAUGCCCUGUUGAACAAUGUUUACUUACUGUUUUAGAUACAUGUAUGUUGCAUGAAACGGCUGCAUUGGAUUGCACAAGUAUGUCAGAUGUCCUGAUGUGCACAGAAACAGCAUGUUGCUAUGGGGUGGGCCAGAGUUGGAUACAUACUGAACAAAAAAGUUGAGGAUCAUCAAUAUUUGGGGGAAUAUUUUUUUGUAGUGAAGACUGAGCAUACAAUUUAAAAAAUUCUAAACUUCUUUGUUCAGUAUACUUGUUAGUGAGUGAGUGAGUGAUUAUUGUGUCUACAUGCUUGAAGGUAAGGUAAAUAUCUCUGUCACAGUGAUAUAAUUUCAACUCAUUUCAAACGUUACCCCGGUAUGUCUCAUGAAUACUAUGUGAUAUAUUGAUAUUUACAUCAUGUACAAUGGCUACAUUUGUCUUAUACUACUCAAAAGAAGUUAAAGAACACCCUUUCUUUUCAUAUGACUACGGUUAAUCGUCCGAUUUUUAUUGAUUAUAGUUCAUCUGUCAUGACCAUUCAACUUCUUUUGAGUAGUAUGAUGCUGAUGCAGAAUGUUUGUAUCUUAUGCAUGAGAUUGCAUCGAAGGCUGGUGAAAACUUGCACUUAGCUUGGUCUUGCAAUUAAAGUUAAUAUGAAAA